AUGGAAGAUGUCAUUCAAGUUGACUAUAUCACUCUCCUGCUAUCUGUGGGACAAUGGAUGGGAUCACUGUAUUGCUGUUCGUAUGGCAAUGCAUUGACAUCGGGAUUAGCAUUUCAUCCACAUAAGCUUGAAAAAGCGUCAAGAUAUCGUCUCAGACUUACAGCAUACCUCGAUAACCAAGAAGGUUAUACCGAAUGGGAAAUUAUAACUAACAUCCCCCCAUAUGGUGGACAUUGCAAGGCAAAACCAACAUCUGGUUACGUAGAGGACAAAUUUGAAAUAUCUUGCUUUGACUGGGUUGAUGAAGGCUUAGCAACUAUAAAGAGGCCUGAUAUAAAACUUGGUGAUGCUCCUGCCACGAGCAUUGAUACAUCGGGAUUAGCAUUUCAUCCACAUAAGCUUGAAAAAGCGUCAAGAUAUCGUCUCAGACUUACAGCAUACCUCGAUAACCAAGAAGGUUACGUAGAGGACAAAUUCGAAAUAUCUUGCUUUGACUGGGUUGAUGAAGGCUUAGCAACUAUAAAGAGGCCUGAUAUAAAAAUUGGUGAUGCUCCUGCCACGAGUAGCGGUUUAACCUACGAGUUCAGAAGCAGGAUCCAUGCAAUGAAGCACUUGCUAAAACCAUUACUGCUUAGAGAUAUUGACCUUCCCCCUGUCUCGUCUAAGAAGAGAAAAGCCACUGUGAAAGAGUUUGACCCCAAACCUGUACCAACAAUUUUUCGAACAACUCAGGACUACCAGAAGAACAUCCUGAAGCUGUUUGAUGAUAACAAUACAGCUUCACAUGAAAGUGACGUAUUUUACUAUGGUCCUGAUUCCUACACACCCCCAUCGAAAUUGCGUAUGGGUGCCCCGCCUUCUUUUCAUGUGUACAUUGAUGUAAGAAUAUAUGAUGCAUUAGGAGAUUUUGCUACUGAAACCAUUGUAGUACAGGUGAUGAAGAAACCAGAUCCAGAAGGCAUACGUUAUGAUGAAUUGUUGAACUUGACCAUGGGAGAAUCCAGUGACUUGAAUGCCAUGGUUGGAUGGGGGAAUACAUUAACUGCUAUGCAAUAUAUAUCCAGUAUAUCAUCGGAAAUUAAUUUUGACAUUCCAGACGAGUGCCUCAAUAUGACACAAAAUGCAGACGUAACCAAUAUAACGACCAAUGCUACAAGUUGUGCUAACUCAACUGACACGUCCAAAAAGAAAAAGGAGAUUCGGUUUUCUAUGUUAGAGACUAUGAAAAAUAUCUCAAAUCGAGUACAGACACCAGGAGCUGCACAACAAGCAGCUAUUGCCAUCAGAGAUACUACUGAUAAAACAGAUGAAGUAACACUUGACAGUCGGAAGCUUGCUGUAAAUUCUUUGGAUACUGUAACCGAGAAAAUGAUGUCAAUCACAUCCUCAUCUGAUCAAGAUAUAUCAGCAGCCAAAGACUUGGUGCUCGGUCUUGGCAAUAUUUUGAAAUCCGGUUCACAACAAUACAGUAAUAGUAAGAGUACGUUUGCUGAGCCCCAAAAUGACGGUGAUACACCCCCUGGAGAGAUGGAAGCAGAAAAAGGUGAAACAUAUAAGGAGGAAGAAAGGGCAGCAGUAUCAAGUGUAACAAACCAUGCUCUAGAAGUUGCACAUAAGGCUGCUAUGCUAUCCAUUGCUGACAGACUUGUUGGACAGGAACAAGUUUUCUUAGGAUCGGAUACACUCCUCAUUCAAGCCAUGAGAUCUACACCACUACAGAUGGCCAACCAAAGUUUCAACACAAAUAGUGGUACAUUUAGUCUCCCAAAAUUGGAUAGUUUACCAACUACAGAAGAAGGAUAUUUGAAUGUAGAGGUAACGGAAAUGACAGAUAAUCUCUUUGCCUGGGAUGACACUGCUGACAACGUAACCUCUUCAGUACUCGGUCUUGCGUUCACAGAUGCUAUGGGUGAAGGACUACCAGUUUCUGAUACUACAAGUCUGUAUGAAAUUACGUUCAACUCAUUUGAAGACAUUGAAGUAGUAGUUGCGGAAUUUAGAACCGAGUAUGAAGAAGAGUUAUCUUAUCAGAAUAUAACAGCGGAAGAAGCGAAUACCUCCAUGUCCCUUAUCAUUCGCGCUAUUGACCCACGUGUUGUGUAUAAUGCUUAUAUUAAGUUUGAAGAUCAUCCAAGCAUCGAUGACUAUGACUUAAUGACUCCUAUUCCACAUGAAUUGAACUUGACUGAAGCACAAUGGGAUGAGCUUGACUUGGAUAUAAUCGAAGAAUUACGCUACACAUUUUUCUUACCAAGUGACUAUGUUAUAGAUCGUGGAAACUAUAUUCUCGGAUUACAAGAAAUCGUAUUAAACCAAACCUAUAAUGGGACAAUAGAGACUCAAGUGGACACAGUGGGAAAUUACAGUUUUGAUAUUGAAGACAAUGGCACUGCCAUCAAUGCGACUACAACAUCUACACCCACAACCAUUCAGUUUACAACUCCAACAUCAUUCCAGGCAACAAACAAUCUUACAACAUCUUCGUCUGGCGACAAUAUGACCAGUGAUGCAACCUGGGUUAUACCAUUGGAUUAUGAGUUCAAUGAUACUAGUGGUAAUAUUACCCAUAAUUACACAUUGGCAAAAUUUGCAUAUGGAUGCCGGUAUUGGAGUGAAACAGACCAAAAGUGGAGCUCAGAUGGUUGCUACGUGAGUGCUAUCUCAAACUCCAAAUUCAGCCGAUGCAUGUGUAACCACUUAACGUCGUUUGGUUCAUCAUUCUUUGUUCCACCAAACACCAUUGAUUUCAAAGCCCUAAGUUGGAGUGAUUUGUCAGAUAACUAUGCAGUUCUAUUGACGGUACUGAUCCUGAUAUGUGUCUACUUGCUGCUAUUGUACUGGGCAGGAUUAGCUGAUAAAUCAGAUCUCAUUAGGUUGUUCCUCCGAGGGAGUGUAGAUAAGUUUCUGAUGUCUACUAGAAAAUCACUUGGAGAUAUACAGUUCAUCAACAUAUGGCAUGACAAUAGUGGUCAGGGAGAAAAUAAAUCUUGGUUCCUUAAUCAAAUUGAGAUCAAAGACUUGCAGACCAAUGAGAAAUUUUAUUUCUUAUGUGAUCGUUGGCUAGCUGUUGAUGAGGAGGAUGGUAAAGUGGAGCGUCUUCUACCUGUUGCUGGUAGAGACAACCUGAUUAGCUUCGAACACAUGUUCUCCACAAGUACACGUAAGAAUUUAUCCGAGAAUCACCUCUGGUUCUCUGUAGUUUCCCGGCCUACACGCAGCGGUUUCAGCAGAGUACAACGGAUUUCGUGUUGUUUUUCACUGCUUUUCUUGACCAUGAUAACGAGUGCUAUGUUCUAUAAAGAAGAUGAAGAAGCUGAAGCAAUGUCAACAGGAAAAGGCAUCAAACUUGGGCCAAUCAGUUUAAGUUUUAAAGAGAUCUGGGUUGGUUUUGUUAGUGUUCUGAUAGUGUCACCUGUCAGCAUCAUUAUCAUACAAAUAUUCCGCAAAGUUGAACCCCCACCUGGAGAUGUAACGUUACUCUCUGGAUUACGCGAUGUCCGAAAGCUUGUACGAAAGAACAUACGCGAAAAGAGAAAUAGAGACAACAUGAUACUCCUGGAACUGGAAGAUGGUGAAUUGACACAGUCAGAGAAAGGCAAGCCAGAUAAGGGUAGGCUGCGGUGGUAUUGGGCAUAUGUUGCUUAUCUACUUGUGGCAUUGUCGAUUCUAAUUCCAGCAGCAUUUGUUGUCAUGUACAGUAUGCAAUGGAAAAAAGAAAAAUCUAACAGAUGGUUGACAUCUAUGUUUGUUUCUGUAUUCAACUCAUUAUUGGUAACAGAACCCCUUAAGGUUGUUGCUGUGGCGUUUAUCAUGUCAUUGUUGUUUAAAAAGCCAACUGAAGAGCAGGAUACUGACGAUGGGGAGGAAGAGACACUAGAGCAGAUCAAAAACAUCCGUGGGCAAUUAGGUGGAAAUAAGAUCCCGGAACGUGAGCAGGAGGACAGUGAUGAUGAAAAUGAAAAUACUUUGGAAAAUAGUAAAAUAACUCGAGCUCUGGAAUUACAAAUGCAACGAGUCAUCAAAGAGAUCAUUGGAUAUAUUCUCUUUAUGAUAUUACUGAUAGCAAUAUGUCAAAACAACGCUGAUCCACGCAAACACUACUUGCACAAAUCUCUGACAGAUUUAUUAAUUGAUUCAAAUUAUGAUGGUAUAACUGAAAGUGGAUCAAUGUUUACUUGGUUGGAUCAAACAGUGUUGCCUAGUCUAUAUCCACAGGUCUGGCCAAAUGGUAAAACACUGAAAUGGAACGAACAACUGAACAUACAAACAAUGUCGGCUAUACGAGUUGGACCACCACGAUUACGUCAGCUCCGAAUCCCACCUGGUCUCUGCGAUGUGCCGGAAAUCACGCAGCGUGAUGUAAGCGAGUGUAAUAUUGAAUAUGCAAUGUUUGACCAAGAAGAGGGAAAUUUUGGCUUGACUUGGAGCAACGAUAGUGUUUUUAUGUCAAAUGAGAGUCUUCUUCAAACUGGUGGAAACCCAUGGGCAUACAGAAGCGCAUUUGACCUUGGUGGUUCUCCCAUAACCGGUAAAUUUGCCACUUACAGUGGUGGCGGCUACGAAGCUGUACUGGGAAAGAAUCUACUUGAAGCGCAGAGUGUUAUACAAUAUUUGUUUGAAAAUAGAUGGACCGAUCGGUACACACGUGCUGUGUUCCUGGAGUUCACCCUAUAUAACGUCCAUGUCAAUCUGUUCGUAUACAGUAUAAUCGUAUUGGAAUAUCCAUCUGCAAGUUCGGUUUCACCAUUUUACCAAAUAAAUGUGUUCCGAAUGUAUGAUUUCCAGGGCAAUGUGUUCUACGUCAUAUUUUUGAUGUCGGCGUAUGCGGUGUAUGCCAUUUAUUUAAUGUACAGCUGUAUUAUGAUAUACUCGGCACUACGGUCUGUGGGAAGAAUGUACCUAACCGCAUUUUGGAAUCUCAUUGACUUUGCCCAGACUGUCCUUGGACUAGCUCUGGUGGUGAUGUACUUUCUAAGAUAUGGUUCCACCAAAAUGUAUGUUGGAAAUCUAUCAAAUAAUGACAGAAACGAGUUUGUAAAUUUCCAGUAUAUUGCCAUGCUCAAUGAAAUCUACACCUUGUUUAUGGGACUAGUACUCUUUCUGGCAAUCAUUAAGAUGCUCAAACUGCUACGUUUUAACAAACGCAUUGGUAUGUUAGCAGCCACCAUCGCCUACGCCUCGGAAACUCUAAUACCGUUCAGCUUCAUGUUUCUGCUAGUAUUGAUUAACUUUGCAUCCUUUGGCUACCUGGCAUUUGCACCGUUAAUGCCUGAGUACGAGUCAUUCGGCACUUCAUUGACAUCCCUGAUGCUUACUUUCGUCGGUACAACAAAGAAAAUGGAUGACGAAGUAGACUACAAGAUACUGCUCUCAAAGAUGGACGAAGUGUUGAACAAAGUGAACAUGUUGAUGGAUAAAGAUUCUCAACAAAUGGUUAGAAAUCCUCUUAAAGAUAAUGUGGAUGACAACCAAUUAGAAACCCAGAAUCUGUCAGAUAUCAAUUUCAGUCUUAGAGAACCGACUGUAAUUGUUGACGAUGAUGAUGAUAUCCCGAAGAGAAAAAGAAAAAUUUUUACUUGA